AUGAGAGCUGCAAGACCCUUCUACCUUUUCCUCUUUGCCUUAUGGGGCCCGGAUGCUCACUGUCAGAGCCCAAGGCAAGAUGACUGCGCAAUAUCACCCAAGACCAUCGUCUCCGAUGCCUGCGCUUCUUAUUCUACCCUCGAGGACCUGAACCGUAAGGUCAGACCAGCCGUCGAGGACCUCACUCACACUACCGACUUCUUCUCACACUACCGCCUGAACCUCUUCCAUAAGACAUGCCCGUUCUGGAACGACGAGGAUGGCAUGUGCGGCAACAUUGCCUGUGCAGUACAAACGCUUGAUAACGAGGAGGACAUACCCGAAGUAUGGCGAGCCCACGAGCUCGGAAAGCUGGAAGGUCCACUGGCGAAACACCCGGGCAGGACGGUGCAGCGGGAGCGCCCGGAGCGACCUCUGCAAGGUAAACUUGGCGAGGAUGUCGGGGAAAGCUGCGUGGUCGAGUACGACGAUGAGUGUGACGAGCGCGACUAUUGUGUUCCCGAGGACGAAUCGGCCACUUCCAAAGGCGAUUACGUCUCACUGCUCCAGAAUCCUGAGAGGUUCACCGGCUACGCGGGUAUGGGUGCGCAACAAGUCUGGAACGCCAUCUACCGAGAGAACUGCUUUCAGAAGAGCUCAUUCCCUCACACUGCGGCUCUGGGCCAGUCUUCGCCAGCCCACGGCCCAGCUGCGUUGGAUUUCAAGCAGGUCAUAGAGGCCGCCGGCCGCCAGCAGCUGCUACAGGAGCACCGCGAGCAGAGCCCCAAUACGCCCUUCGUCGCGAAUACUGGUCUUGAAGCGGAGGACGAGUGCGUCGAGAAGCGAGUCUUCUACAGGGUUGUGUCUGGCAUGCACACCAGCAUCAGCACGCACCUCUGCUGGGAUUGGAUGAACCAGACCACAGGCCAAUGGCAGCCCAAUCUGCAAUGUUACUUGCAUCGUCUGCACAAGUUCCCCGAGCGCAUUAGCAACCUGUACUUCAACUAUGCCCUGCUCACUCGCGCGAUCGCCAAGCUAGGCCCUCAUCUCCAGGACUACACCUUCUGCACGGGCGACACAGACCAAGACGCCGCGACGAAAGCCAAGGUACUCGCCGUGACGCAAGCCUCAUCCUCAGUCCCAGAGAUCUUUGAUGAGAGCCUGAUGUUCAAGAACGGGGAGGGCCCGUCUCUCAAGGAGGACUUCAAGAACCGGUUUCGCAACGUCAGCCGGCUGAUGGACUGCGUCGGGUGCGACAAGUGCCGGCUCUGGGGCAAGCUACAGACAGCGGGUUACGGCACGGCCUUGAAGGUCCUCUUUGAGUUCGACAACGACAGCGAGGACAUCCCGAUUCUUAAGCGGACGGAGCUGGUGGCACUGUUCAACACGUACGCGCGACUGACCUCGAGUCUGGAUUCAAUACAGAAGUUCAGGGUGAUGGCUGCGGAGCUGGAAAAGGAAGAGGUUUCUGAGAGAGAGGUCGACGGGACGAAGCCUAUCAUACCGGAUCGGGUGAGGAAGCCGCGUCAUGUGAUCGUUGAGCCGGCCGAAGAGAAAGAAGCCCAGUCCUCCGCGUUUGGCACAUUGCUCCAUCAGGAGCUGGGCAAUGUUAACAGGGCGCUGAAGUCGGUCUUCAGGAGCUGGACGGAGCUACCUGGAUUGAUCUGGCUCUUCUUGAAACAGGAGACCCGUUACCUCUGGCAGAAUUACGUUGGCCUCCCGGUCACACCACGGCACUGGAAGCUUGCUUGGAGGAAGGCGGAUGGGCCUGUGAUGGACUGGCGGGAUGCAGACGAGCUGUAG